AUGUCACGAAAGAAAAUAAAGAAGCUUCUCGCCGCGGUUGCUAUGGUGACGUUUCUUGUGUUGAUAUGCAUGAUCACGUGGUCUUACGACGGUGGAUUGCUUUAUUAUAACGGUAAUCAAAUACCGCCACAGAAACAGGUACCUCUGUUGAAAAUGGUGACGUCACCGACAGGACGUAAAACGUCAUUACUUGAAAUGGCUGAUGAUUACGUAGUGCCCAACAUUGUACACUUCACGUGGAUCGGAGAACGAGUGUAUUUACAAUUUCAUCAUUUCCUGAGUAUAAAGUCGGCGGCCAUUUUUAUUCGUCCGGAUCACAUCUACCUCCAUUGUGACUAUGACCCUGUUGGUAAUUGGUGGCAGACCCUUCGGAAACUCAUCAAAAUAGAAGUGAUCAGGACUUAUCCGUCAACUUCCAUAUUUGGUCACAGGGUGAAACGCCCUGAACACAAAUCCGACCUCAUCCGUCUUGAUGUCUUAAAGGAACAAGGUGGAAUAUUUCUUGAAAAUGACGUCAUUGUGUUAAAGUCCUUUGACCCAUUAAGAAAAUAUGACUUUACAAUGGGUUUGGAGUAUCACGGAUCACCGGGCAGACUAAAUAACGGAAUCAUCGUCUCUAAGAAAAACGCAACAUUUUUGAAUAUUUGGCGGGAAACAUAUCAUAAUUUUACAGAGAGAGAAUGGGACCAACAUAGUUCAAUUAUACCUUACAACUUACAGUAUCAAUUCCCGCACUUAAUACACGUUGAGGAAAGGACCCUGAAUUAUCCAAGCGGUCCCGACCGCCAUCUUAUUUACAGAGAUAUAUAUGAUUGGAAUGAGAACUAUGCCAUACAUCUUUGGUAUGAACUGCACGCGCUCACGCACUCACCGAAAGAUAUAAAAUCCAUGAACACGACCUUCGGACAAAUCGCUCGGUAUGUGUAUUACAAUACCACGAAACUGAUGCCAUAG